GGAAGAAAAAAGAGAGAGAGAGAACCACACACACACACACACACACACACAAAAAAAGAAAAACAGCGUCUCCAGUAAACGGUGUCAGAUUUCAAAGGGGCGUGGCGGCGUGCUGGGUACCACUCCGACUAAAGGAUGCUGAUAGCUUAGCAACAGCGACAGGAAGAGGAGCAGGAGGCGGAGGAGACACAAUGGAUGUGCGCUUUGUCCGCGUCGUUAGCAGGCUGGGCUGAGCCGAGCCCGGAUCGUGUGUGACGUGUGAACAGACACCAUGGCCACACAGGAGCCGUCCCCUCCCUCGUCCAUGGAGAGCAACAAACCCGGCUUCCCCAAGAAGAUCCUGGGCAACAAGCUGGAGGACAAGCACCUGUGCAACUGCUGCCACAACAUCCUCCGACGACCCUUUCAAGCCCAGUGUGGACAUCGCUUCUGUUCCUACUGCUUCAACAGGACCGUGAGUAAUGGACCCCAGAAAUGUGGCGCCUGCAUUAAAGAGGAUAUCUUUGAGGAUCCUACAUCGAUUUUGAAACAAGGAUGUGCUUUUCCUGACAACGCAGUCCGAAGGGAAGUCGAACACCUUUCAGCCGUGUGUAUCAAUGAAAACUGCACCUGGAAAGGCAGCAUUAAAGAGUACGAGAUGAACCACGAGGGCAAGUGCGAGUUCAUGAUCAUCCCCUGCCCCUCCUGCAAAGAACAUAUUCGCUUCAACGAGCAGGAGCGCCAUAACGAGCGCGAGUGCCCGGAGAGAACACUCAACUGCAAGUACUGCAAGGAGCCAUUUCACUUCAAAAACAUCAAGGCGCACGAUGAGAUCUGUCCCAAGUACCCGAUGAUCUGUGAAGGCUGCGCCAAGAAGAAAAUACCCCGAGAAAAGUACGUGGACCACAUCAAGUUCUGCAGCAAAUUUAGAACUCCAUGUCGAUUUCAUGUCGUGGGAUGUGACAUGUCCGUGGAAAAGGAAAAGAUUCACGACCAUGAGCGCGCCUACGCCUACGAGCACCUCAACCUGUUGCUGCACUACAUCAUGGGCAUGAAAGUGAGCAUGGAGGGCCUGCAGCCCCAGGGACUGGAACUCGCCGGACACAAACUGGUGGAACUCCAGCAGUCCCUCAGGGAGCUCGAGGCCAGAGUCUCCCAGCUUAGCACCACCUCCUCUGGGCCUCCCGUGCAGGGAGCUGCCGCCGCCUCCUCCUCAUCCUCCAGCUCCGGUCCUCCUGGUCCACCCGCUUCAGCUCCGCUCCCUCCUCCACCCACCCUGGCUCCCACUCUGUCCGUGUCUACCUCCUUCACCCCCCUGCCCAGCUCGGUGGGAGCGGCACUGGAGCUCCAGCUCCACAGCGAGAAGACCAAGGUGGCCGAGCUGGGCCGCAGGUGUACGGAGCUCGAAGUUAAAGCCGGCACGUUUGAAAAUGUGGUGUGUGUCCUGAACAGAGAGGUGGAGAGGUUCGCCACCACCAUGGAGGCCAGCAACCGUCAGCACAAACUGGACCAGGACAAGAUCGAGGCUCUGAGUAACAAGGUGCGUCAGCUGGAGAGGACGGUGGGGUUGAAGGAUCUGACAGUCGCUGAGAUGGAGGGUCGGCUGAGGGAAAUGUCUGCCACUACGUUCGAUGGCGUCUUCGUCUGGAGGAUCUCUGAUUUUGCCAAAAAGAGGCAAGACGCCAUCGCCGGUCGAGCCCCCGCCAUGUUUUCACCAGCCUUCUACACCAGUAAGUACGGCUACAAGAUGUGUCUGCGGAUCUACCUGAACGGAGAUGGGACGGGGCGUGGCAGCCACUUGUCCUUGUUCUUUGUGGUGAUGAGAGGACUGAGUGACGCUCUGCUCAAAUGGCCUUUCAACCAGAAGGUGACUCUGAUGCUGCUGGACCAGAGCAACAGGGAGCACAUCAUCGACGCCUUCCGCCCCGAUGUCACUUCCUCCUCCUUCCAGAGACCCGUGAGCGAGAUGAACAUCGCCAGCGGCUGUCCGCUCUUCUGCCCGCUCUCCAAGCUCGACGCCAAGAACUCUUACAUUCGCGACGACACCAUCUUCAUCAAGGCGAUCGUGGACCUCACCGGCCUCUAGACGGCUCCGCCGGGAGGUGCAGUUUUGGCAACCAGGCAGCUCUGUGACCAUUAAGGCUUCAUUUUGGCUCAGUCGUGGUCCCCUUUAGGGCUCCGUUCAGGCAUCUAACUGUCCCCUGCAGCUCGAGGGAGACAGACAUGCUUGCAACUGCAUGUGGCUGCAGUCCAGGCGGCGCUGGCAUCGUCAUACCCGGUGGUCUGUUUGCGAGAACCACCGUCAUUGCUGUACAUUUUGGGUGCAAAACUUUUCUUUUUGUGUUUGACAUCACGGCGCCACUCCCAUGGUGGUUUCAAGUCACUUCAGUUGUUGCACACGCAGUAGGCUUUCAGUUAAAGGAGUGCCGGUGCAGCGCGGGCAGACGCAGAUGAUGGAGUGAACAGAGUGGAUACUUUUUCUUUGAAUCUCCGACGCGAGAUGUCCCGGAACAGGGUUGUAGAUUACAGAUAGUUGAUCGUUCUGAUGUGGCUGUAGAAAAGCUGGCAGUAGACUUAAAAUAGAGUUAGAGCAUGGCUUGAUGCAGUUUUUGGCUCUUUUUUUUUCCUGCAGGUUGUGGAUAUUGUGAGCUUCUCAAUUCCAGUGUCGAGUGAAUUUGCAUAGACAAACGUGGAGUUAUGUUAUGAAUAAGAUUACAGGCUUCUUUUUCUUUUUCCGUUUCGUAGCGCAGAGUGCAUGCCGCCGGCGUUUUUAAUGAAGCAUUAAAAACCGCUCCUUAUUUUCGACUGAGCUUUCACGAAAGGUUCCUCGUUUGUUGUUCAACUUGUUAGUGAAUUAGCCAUCCGUGAUGGUGGACAUUGCCUGCAUGUCUUUUGGAACCAGGCUAUUUUACAUGUAAAGAAGUUAGUGUUGCGUAUUUGUUCCUAUUAGGGGUUGGUGGUUCUGAUCGGUGGUUUGGUACAUCUGUGGAAGAUACAGUGGAGUUACCAAGGAGUCAGGGCAGCUUGCCAGUCAAGCCUGAGGCAUCGAACUCUCUGACAGACAAACAUACAUAGCAUACAUGGAGUUCUCCUGCAGGAUAUGCUCACUAGCUCACAUCUCAACACAUAGUACUGUGCCCCACCACAGAUUGAGGUUAACACAGAUUCCACAAAAUGAAGGAAUUGUCCGUUCCUUGUUUUCUGUCCAUUCAGUAUACAGUGCGUAUGUGUUUCUGCUGCUCUGAGAUAGACUACUGAUGUGAAUCUAAUAAUAUAUGUUGGUGCAAAUAUACGUGUGUGGAGGCUGAGAGGCUGAGAUAACCAGAGGUUGUUAGACUUUGUUGUAGGUUUACGGGCCGUCACCGACCGCCCCGCAGAUUACUCUUUCGUGUUUUGAACGUGCUCUUCACUGAAUUUUCCAAUAAGGCACCACGAACGUACACUUUUUUUCUACGCGUCCGCCGGAGAAUCGCCGUCAUACUUACUUAGCAUGCAUGCUGAGGUUUUUUCAAAGGUUCACGCUGGCCUGUUUGAAAACCAGUCUCGACCUGUAUUGGACCCUCUCUGUGCAUGGGAGGCUUCAAUUCAUAUUCACUUAUGGAGUUUCACAUCGGCUUCCUCCGCGAGCCUCGUGUGGACGCAUUUAUUCGUUUUGGAUGAAAAUAUGUAAUCAUAGGAUAGUUAUUAUGUUAUAACUGGCGCUGCGUCCGUUCAACGGGGGCAGCCGCCUAUAUUCAUAGCAAUUUAUAAAUAUGUAUCUUUCAUAUCAUAAUGUUGAAAUAAUCUAUAUAUCAAUGUUAAUAUACAGGAGAUGUUAUAAUAAACAUAGUAUUACUGAAUACCUUA